CUGUAGCGUCACUGACGCACAGACUCGCUGCAGGAAUAACAACAUGGCGGGCAAUUCGAAAGAACAUCAGCUGUCUCUGCGAGUAUACAACACUCUUCAGAGUUUGGGUUGUCCUCUGGUGGAUGGACUGUACCUGAGGGAAGCAGACAGUGUUCAGGAGCUCCUCUGCACUCCUUCUUUCCACAGGACUGAUAUACUCAAGUGGAUCUGCGCCAGCAUUUGUCCAUCCCUAAAGGAAAAGUUUUCCACUAUUAAAUCAACUCAUAAUGAGGAUUUGAUUCAAGAGCUCACAAGGUUUGGUUAUGAGAUGAUGUUAUGUAAAGCUAAUGACAAGGAUUUAAUCAAGGGUCUUGCACCGCCUUUACGACAGCUGGUGUUUCUAGAACAGCUUCUAAUGGUUAUUCAAGCAGACUCCUCUCUAUGCUCUGGGCAGAACACAUCCUCUGGGGAUGAAGGUGUGAAGAACAAUGAUCUUCUUGAAGAACUGAUUGCUCAGGAUCAUUUACCUGACCUGUACAUGCUCCUGGACCCAGCCUGCAAUCCAUGGCCUGCACACAUCCGUGAACAUUUGAUACGCACACAUUCGGCUUACAGCAAAAACAAUGGAAACCACAGUAAAUUCAGUGAUAUCGUUAGCAGGAGUGAUCAAGAUUCCCGACUUGUAAGUCAUGGAGAAGAAAGCUUGACGGAGGCCGUGGCACUUCUGAAGUCUACGCAAAGCACAUUAGAUGAGCUCCAUAAAGAGUGUGAGUUCCUGCAGUCACAUUCGUCAGGUUCUGCUGUGUUGUCUCCUUGUGCGCUGAAACUGGCAAUCUCAGACAUGUCUCAGCUCAUGACGGCCUUCGGACACAUCUAUAACACUGAUUUUAAGGGGUAUUGUCAGCGAGCUCCUCCAACCCUCAGUUCAGAGACGACUGUGUUUCAAUCUGUACAUCAGCUCCUGCACACAUGUAAUACGGAGCUGGAGGCUGUGAAGCAGCUUUCUGAAACCUCCACGUCUCUUACACACACACUUCAACAGCUGCAGACAGACAGACGCUACUGGUCUAAAGGAGAGAAGCACACACUGCCCAAGCAGUUGGAGGAGCUGAAGAACAGAUACAUGGCUUUUCUCUCCCUGCACCAGUCAUAGCCUGAAGGACUCUCUCGGGGUCAGCAGAAAUCUACAGUCUAGAGCUUCAGUUGAAGUUUCAAGUGGCGAAAAGGUGUGAGGUGUAAAACCAAAAUAAAACUUCUCUACAUUGCCAGAA